AUGUCGAAUAUCGAAACGGCCCCGCCGCGUAAGGGCUAUGAUGAGCAGCUGGUGACUGAAAAGGGAAAAGCAGUGCGCAGUCUAGUCCAGGAAAAUCUUCUGGAUGAGCGCUACGCGACAACUCAGCGUGGUCUAAAGAACCGACAUGUGCAACUAAUGGCCUUGGGUGGAACAAUCGGGACAGGUCUUUUCGUAUCAUCCGGCCAAUCAUUGGCGAUCGGCGGCCCUGCUUCCCUUCUGCUCGGAUAUCUUUUUAUCUCUGCCAUGGUCUACGGACUUGUAACUGCCAUCGCUGAGAUAGGUGCUUAUCUUCCUGUACAUGGUAUAUUAGUGCCAUACGAGAUCACUGCAGCUGGCUUGGUUAUUGGUUUUUGGGAUACCAAUGCGACCGUCAACAUUGCUGUCUGGAUUACCAUAAUGAUGGUGGUCAUCAUCGCAUUGAAUUUCCUGCCGGUCAGAUUCUACGGGGAGACCGAAUUUUGGUUUGCCGGGAUCAAAAUUAUCACCCUCAUUGGAUUGCUCUUUCUGUCCUUCAUUUUAUUCUGGGGCGGUGGUCCGUCGCACGAUCGUCUAGGCUUCAGGUACUGGAAGGAUCCGGGGUCGUUCAACACUUACAUUGUGGAUGGAAACGCUGGCCGCUUCGUUGGUCUACUUAAGUGCACCGUCUCCAGUGCAAUCGCCUUCAUAUUCGCACCUGAGUUAAUAAUUAUCAGCGGCGGUGAAAUGGAAUCUCCUCGUCGCAAUGUACCACGCGCUGCACGACGCUACAUCUACCGACUGGUCUUCUUCUACAUCUUCAGCGUACUCGCUAUCGGUGUUAUUUGCCCGUCCAAUGCAGCCCGCCUGACGAAAGGGGAUGGCACAGUCAACUCGUCACCCUUCGUGGUGGGAAUAAAAAACGCCGGGAUUCCUGUUCUGGAUCAUAUCGUCAAUGCAGCAGUUCUGACUUCGGCAUGGUCGGCUGGGAACUCAUUCCUGUACAUGUCCUCUCGCUCAUUGUACUCUCUAGCCAUGUCAGGAAAUGCGCCCAGUAUCUUCAAAUCCUGCAAUCGCUGGGGCGUGCCCUACUAUGCCGUCGCCGUAUCAGCCUGCUUCUCAUGCCUGGCUUACCUAUCGGUCGGAAAUUCGAGUUCUAUCGUAUUCAACUGGUUUGUCAACUUUACUAACACGUCAGGCUUCAUCUCUUGGAUUUGUUGUGUGAUUGUUUAUUUCCGUUUCCGAAAGGCAGUAAAAGCGCAAGGAAUCGAACAGCCUUACAAGUCCAAAAUCCAGCCCUACGGAGCGGUUUUUGGCCUGGCAGGUGCAACUGUUAUGGCGUUGAUCAAUGGUUUCACUGUCUUUUUCCCAUCUGAGUGGUCUGUCAGCAACUUCUUUACCGCCUAUAUCGGGAUUCCGGCGUUCCUAAUACUCUACUUCGGCCACCGAGCCUUAUUCUGGAGCGAUCCAUGGGCAUGGCGACCAGAAGAGGUCGAUAUGCAUACCGGACUUGAGGAGAUCAUAUCUGCCGAGGGACCGGAGAGAGCCCGUGGCCCGUGGUGGAAACUAUGGUGA